CCACACUCCUUGAAUCUUGCCUGAUGCUGGCAUAGCUGUCCCCGGACGUUCGCGCUAACCUGCCCCGAGCCCGCUGUCUUCUGUGGGGAGCAGAAGGCCCUUUCCAGCCCUGCAGCUCGCCGCCGAUUCACCUCCGAAACCUAUCUCCACCCUGAUAUCACGAUGCUGAUGCUGCGGCUGCGGCCCCGCGAAUGAACCCUACUGCAACCACGCGAUCCCGCACCUCCAUGUAAUCAUUGCUGCCGACCUUCGCGGUAGAUUAGAGACGCCUGGCGUCGAGGAAAUGGGUGAUUCGGGCGCAACAACAGCCAUGGCCACGCCCUUCCAACAACCAAAACCAGACCACGACGACCCCCUGACGCUGAAUGAAUACGGCCUCCCCGAGCUGAGAACUUCCCUCCAGUCCCCCUCCAUUGUCGGCAACAGCCCUACUACCAUCAUGCCUUCCUUUGCCGACUUCCCUCCCCUCGGCUUCGGCCAGGCCCAGGGCUUCAAUGCCGCCUAUGAGCGAUCCCAGAUGGGCACGAGCCCGACAGUCAAGUCGAGUUUCCGCAAUCACAGAGGCAGCAUCAGUAAUAUGAGCGACGAGAAUAUCAGCGCAGGAAGCGCGCAUCCACAUCGGUUGAGUAUCAGCAGUAUGCAAAAUUUUGGCCAGGACGAGAACAACACCAGCCCCGAGAGCGGCCCCGCAUUGGGCAUGCUCGCCAUUGGGGAGAACCUGAACGAUGGUUUGAAUAUGAAGCUCGACGAUAGCGUCAACGGUGAUGGCGCGGAAGGAUCAACCACCUCCAAAAAGGACAAAGAUGGCAACACCGAGCCCCCCCCGUGGAGCGAGAUGAAAACAAAAGCGGGGAAAGAACGGAAGCGGUUGCCGCUGGCAUGUAUUGCUUGUCGGAGGAAAAAGAUUCGGUGUUCCGGCGAGAAACCCGCAUGUAAGCACUGCUUGAGGAGUCGGAUACCGUGCGUGUACAAAGUUACGACGAGGAAGGCGGCGCCGCGGACGGACUACAUGGCCAUGCUGGACAAGCGGUUGAAGCGAAUGGAGGACAGAGUCAUAAAACUCAUCCCGAGGGAUAGCUUGCCUUCUGUUUCCGGCGUCGGGAGAUCUGUCGUUAAACCUGCUCUUCCAGGAGCCCCCCCAAAGACCCCAAGUACGAAGAAACGGCCCGCCGAAGAAGCUUUUGGGGCUGAACUAGACGAGUGGUCGAAGUCAAAGUCGGCGAAUCCAGACACGGCAUCGGCAUCGAGAGCGAAAGACACGGACGAGAACAGGCUCCUAACCGAAGGCGCAGAAAGCUUGCCAUCGAAAGAAAUUCAGGAGCAUCUAGCCGAGGUGUACUUCGACUAUGUUUACGGCCAGAGUUACCCUCUUCUCCACAAACCGAGUUUUAUGAGGAGAUUAGCCUCUGGAAAUGUACCUCCUGUACUCAUACUAGCCAUUUGCGCAAUAUCAGCACGAUUCUCAACGCAUCCGCAAUUACGGACAGAGCCGGCAUUUUUGCGGGGAGACAACUGGGGGGAGCGAGCGAGAGAAAUCGCUCUAAAACGAUACGACGCACCAAAUAUUACCAUCCUCAUUGUGUACCUAUUGCUUGGCCUCCACGAAUUCGGAACUUGUCAAGGUGGUCGAAGCUGGAUGUUUGGUGGUAUGGCCCAAAGAAUGGCCUACGCCCUGCAGCUCCACAAAGAGCUAGAAUAUGACCCGAGUGUCGCUGAGACCGAACGGAAACCCUUGAGCUUGACUGAUCGGGAGAUCCGCCGGCGAACGAUGUGGUCGUGCUUUCUUAUGGACCGAUUCAACUCGUCAGGAACGGAUCGGCCACUCUUCGUCAAUGAGCAGUAUAUCGAGGUGCAGCUGCCAGUCAAGGAACAUCUGUACAUCCACGAGAUACGAGCGCCGACAGAGAACCUAGAAGGCAACGUGCCAAACCCCGUUCCUCCCGACAGCGGCCAGUUAUCCAACCCUCGAGACAAUAUGGGCGUUGCUUCAUACACUAUACGCUUGGUCUGCAUUUGGGGCAAACUCGUCAAAUACAUGAACCUAGGCGGCAAGGAGCGAGAGUCUGAGCCCAUGUGGUCUCCCAAAUCCACGUUCCUAAGUCUCAAGAGGGAAGCAAAGGAGUACAAGGAGUCGCUUCCUGAGAUGCUACUCUAUAGCCCCGAGAACCUGAAGAGCCAUGCGAUUGGGAGGACAGCGAAUCAGUUCUUGUAUCUUCACAUUCUCUAUCAGCAAAUCAUUCUUUUCAUGCAUCGGUUUUCCUUACCAUCGACAGCAGGUAGUCGACCGCCGAAAGAUAUGCCCCAUGAUUUCCUUACAGAGUCUGCCCGAACCGCGCUAGAUGCUGCAAACCAGAUUUCAAACCUCAUCAACGAGUCCAUGGACUACAAUGUUGUCGCUCCUUUCGCUGGAUACUCUGCUUUCUUCUCGUCUACAGUUCAUGUUCACGGCGUCUUCUCCAAGAACCCGAAGCUCGAGGCCCAGUCUAAGAAGUAUCUUGCAUACAACGUCAAGUAUCUUAGUAAGAUGAAAAAAUACUGGGGCAUGUUCCAUUAUAUUGCUGAAAACUUAAAGGAUCUGUACCGCCAGCAUGCAGAUGCGGUACUACGAGGGCCAACCGCAACCGGAGAUAAGAAGGGCAAAGGCAUGAUAUUUCAGUAUGGUGACUGGUUUGAUCGAUAUCCGCACGGAGUUUCAAAGACAGACUACGAAGAUGCUGCAGAAUCGCUGCCAAACGAACCAGGAACAGAUGCAGUUUUGGGCCAGAAGAGUGACCUGCAAAGUGUCGAAGAGUUCUUCGCGUCACUCUCACCUCCCUCAAGAGCAGAACAGCAGCGCAAAAUGGCCCGCAAGAACAAAUCGAAAUCCGUCUCCAAGGCGGACGUACCAACCUCACAAGCGUCAGAAGCCGCGAAAAUUCAGCCACAAACCCAGCAAAUCCACCCAAGCCAUCUCCAGCAACAAAUGGGUCACAUGCAGAUCCCACAAGAUCCCAUGGACACCUCUGCUUUCGAUCCAGCGUACUUUAGCCAAGCGAACCCGCAGCAAUCUUUCAUCCCAGAUUUCCCACAGCACCAACACCCACAACCCCAUGUCCCCAUGCUCUCAACAUCGCCCACCUCACUUAUCUCACCACAUCAAAUGGACGUCUCGUCCUACUCAGAUAUUCCGCCGCACUCGAACGCCGCCUCGUUCUGGGGCAUACAACCUGUGGGUUUGGGCGGGAACGGCUACUUCUCCGAUCCUAGCACCGCAUGGUUCCUACCAUUCAACAUGGAGCCGCCUACGCUGGGGGAUGACGGCGGCGUAUUUGGAGGUGGAGAAGCAUUCAAUUUUGGAUUAACGCCCGGGCCUGGACCAGUUGACAUAGCUGCUCUGAAUGGGCAUGCGCAUCAUCGCGCUAGUGUUAGCCAUGCUCAGGGUGGACAGGGUCUGGAGGGGUUGGAUUUGGAUGGUGGAAGAUGAUUUUAAGAGAACUCCUAGGGCACUCUUCGGUUCGGCCAUUGUGAUAUACAGCGGAUUUGAAUGGAAUGGAAUGGGGAAACAAAUUAUGGGUGGAAAGGUGUAUCGUUUUAUCUAGGAUUGUUGGCAGGCAUUUUGGAUUAUUUACGAAUGGCGGGGGGUUUGAUAUCAUGUCAUACUAUGGGUAUAGUAUACCCAUUUUGGAAUGUUGUUUGGGUUUAGAUGUAUAGUAGGAGUCACACAGCUGUUUAUCUCGCU